UUGUGCAUUUGGAGUCUCACUUUUAACAACCACAACCAUUUUGGAAGACAAAUUAAUCAUUUAAUUAUUUAAUCAGAAAGCAAUGGCUUCUCCAUCAUCUUUAAAUGUUCAAUUAACUCGUAAAUUUCGUGAAAUAUGUUCCGACCUUAACCUUGAUCGAGCUGCUGCUGAUGAGGCCUACAAUUCUUUCCAAAGGAUUCAAAUCAAUUAUACUCUUGAGGGGGAAAAGCUUCAUUGGCUUGCCUGUGCUCUCUAUGUUGCUUGUCGUAAAGGGAUGACACCAACUGUUGGUGGAGGACUUGAUGGAUACGUUAGUGGAAAUUGUGUUUCUCUUACUCGAUUAUUGAGAUCUUGCAAAUUAAGUUUGGUUGAGUUUUUUAACAAGAUGAAAAAAUGGUCUGAUAUGGCAAAUCUACCCCAUGGAAUGAGGGAUAGACUCGAUCAACUUGAACGCAAUUUUAACGUUUCUGCUAUCAUCUUUGGGAAAUUUGGCAAAAUCUUUAAGCACUUGUUUAAAAGUCCAAUUUUAUCUCCGAUCAAACAAACUUCAAAUAGGAGUCGAAAGCAAAGAAAAUUGAGCUUAACCUCUGGCCACGUAUUCUCCUUUUGUUGGACAUUAUUUGUUCAUGUAAAGGCAAACUUUAAAAUGAUUAGUGACGAUCUGGUCAAUUCAUAUCACUUAUUAUUGGCAUGCAUUGAUUUCUGCUUCAGUAAUGUUCUCGUCAGUGAAAAUGCGAAAGACCUUCUAAACUCAGAAUUUUCUGAACUUCCUCCCGGAUUCUCAUCAGAUGAAUUUGUUGCUCCUGAACCAGUACCUUGCAUAGUUGAAACUUUAUGCAACAAAUGGGAAGGUAUUUGUGUCGAUGCUAAAGGAAUUAAAGAGCACUGGUUGAAACCUUGUAUCAAAAGAAUGAUUGAUAAAAAGAUCUUUCGAUGUCGCAAUCCACCUCAUUUUCUAGGAUUCUUAGAUAAUGCCUUUUUCGAAGCUAACUUGAAAGCGAUUUCAAAAGAAUAUGAUCAAUAUGUUCUCAAUUUUGGCGAUUUUGAUGAAAGAAUUUUCCUUAGUGACAAUGCUCACGAGGAAUUAGGUGCACCCCAAGGUGACUUCGAAAGUUAUCUCAACAAUAGAAUGCAAAAUGUUCAGCAAACAAUCAAAGAGGCGAAAACUUUAGCACCCCAAACACCUCUUAGUAAUCGUCACUAUUUGGCAAAUCGAGAAAAUAUGGGCUCUUUUACUCCUGUCACAAACGCCGUUCAAACCGUUAGUCGUCUUCAAUCUCUUCUUCUUGACUGUAAAUCGGAGCCAAGUGCAACUUUAUUAGAGAUUUUCACCCAAUGUACCACCAACCCCAAUGAAAGAAUCGUCGAAAGAAUCAAAGAACUUGGGGAUAAAUUUUUAAAAUCUUAUUGUCAACCAGCUGAUGAUCAUGGAUUCUCAUCUCCUUCUCCUUUACCACCACAUGAUUCAGCGAAGAAAAUGUUGAACUCAAGUAUUACUCUUUAUUAUAAAUGUUUAGAGAAAAUAAUUGGCCGAGAAUUGAAAAAAUGGUCCGAGGUUGAGAAAAAGAGUAACCUCACCAAUUCAUUAUCUCAUGAGCUUUUCCACCUUUCGCUUUUUGCCUGUUGCAUGGAAAUCGUUUUAUUUGCUUACAAUUCUGAGAAAAGAUUCCCAUGGAUUGUCGAUAUUUUGAGUGAUUAUCGUGAUUUUCAUUUUCAACCAUUAUACUUUUACCGAGUUAUUGAAUUGAUAAUCCGUGAAGAAGAUGGUCUAUCAAGAGACAUUGUUAAACAUUUGAACACAAUUGAGGAGCAAAUAUUGGAAAGUAAAGCUUGGAAAACAGGUUCAGCAAUUUGGGACUUGAUAAAGCUCCAUGGGUCAGUUCCUGCAUGUCAAGAAGUAUCUCUUGCCAAUCCAUCUCAUGAUCCCAACACAAUGUCACCCGCACCUGCGACACCUCGACGAUUAGAUGGCAUUUUUACUUCUCCUUUACCCCCAAAUACGAAUGAACGAUUUAUGUCUCCAAUGGGUGGUACUCGUCGUCGGUUAUUUGACGCUGAUCAAGGCUACAUACAAGUCGCUAUACCAACACAAACAUCAACUGGAGAGGUUCGUCUUAUUCAUGUUACUCUUCAACCACAAGCAACUACAAAUUCUGAAUCAAAUGCUACUACAUCAAAACCUGAAACCCCGGUGAAAAUAAACAAAGCCGGAUCACUUGGAUUAUUUUUCCGAAAGGUUUAUCAUCUUGCUUGGCUUCGUUUAAGAGAUUUAUGUGAUAAAUUAAAUAUUAACGAUGAAGACCUCCGACGUAAAAUUUGGACAUGCUUUGAAUCCUCAAUUCGCAAUCACACUGAUCUCAUGCGUGACCGUCAUUUGGAUCAAAUUUUAAUGUGCGCUGUAUAUGCCAUGUGUAAGGUUGUUGGUCGCGAUCAAAGCUUUCAAGAUAUAAUGAAAUGUUACCGACAACAACCUCAAGCUUCAAGUCAUAUCUAUCGAAAUGUACUUUUGACUAAUCGUAAACGACGCAACUCAACGAGUAGUGAAAAUUCCCGAAACUCUGGUUCUAAUUCACCAAAUCAGGAGGACAACAAGGAACGUAUUCGAUCAUCAAGUACUCUACCAGUUCCUCAUCCUAACAGUCAACCACCCACUCCAACCCGAUUAGCUGGUGCAGGUUCUAAUUUCGAUUUCCCUGAAGAACGAGGCGAUCUUAUUAUGUUUUACAAUCAAAUUUAUAUUCCAGAAGCCAAGCAAUACAUAAUGAAAUUCAAUGCUGAGGCUGGUUCUCCUCCACUUUCACCUCUUCCCAAACUCGCUGCUAACAACAUUUCACCUUAUCGACGAAUUUCAAACAAACAUUCACUAUUUAUCUCACCCAUGAAGGCGAGUGCCUUCCCUCCAUCACCUCGACGUCCAAUGUCCUAUCAUUUCCUGCGAAGCCCAGCAAAAGACCUUAAAGCCAUAAAUUCAAUGAUGAAACUUAAUUCAUCUGGUAAUGAGAAGAAAGUAAUCAAAAGAAUAUUACAAGAUGAUACUAACGAAAGUGAUCCAGUUACCCGACGACAUGGAGAGAAACCAGUACUUCGAUCAAUGAUCGAUAAUAUUUACACUGAACGACAAGAAGAUGAUACCGAAGACAAUGCUGACAUGGAUAUGGAAUAAAAGAGGAAACUAAUUGUAUAAUAAUCAUCAAUCAUUAUUAACAACCAAUUAAAGCUUUUUAAAAUCUAA